AUGACCUCGCACCAACAAAAUGGCAGCGUGACGCCAACCACCAUUACCGCCAACGGUUUCGCCAUUGGCGUUACAGAAGACAGAAAUCGACGUUGUCGUAGAACUAUGGAAGAUGCCCACUCUUUUGUCACAGAUUACUUAAACGUACCAAGGCAAGGUUUCUUUGCCAUCUUUGAUGGCCAUGCUGGCAGGGCCACAGCAGAAUGGUGCGGCAACAACUUUCACAGGAUAUUGGCAGAGUCGCUACAGCAACACGUUGGCAAGCCUGUUCCAGAAAUUCUCAACUUGGCGUUUCUCGAAGUGGAUCGUCAAGUGAAUAUGAACGAGGGCAAAUCAUCUGGGUGUACAGCAGUGGUGGCAUUUGUGGAAGUCAAGAAUGAAAAGCGAGUUUUAUACACGGGAAAUGUGGGCGAUGCACGCGCUGUACUAUGUCGUAAUGGCAAAGCGGUGCGUUUAUCUUAUGAUCACAAGGGUUCUGAUCAGCAGGAGGCAAAGCGUAUCAUGGAUUUGGGUGGAUUUAUGAUGAAUAAUCGCGUCAAUGGUGUACUAGCUGUGACCCGAUCGUUGGGAGACUGUGUCAUGAAAGAAUUCGUCGUUGGCAACCCAUAUACAACCGAGACCGAUCUCACACCACAAGAUGACUUUUUGAUCCUUGCUUGUGAUGGCUUAUGGGAUGUAUGCGAUGAUCAAGACGCUGUUGAUUUGAUCAAGGAUAUCAAGGAUCCUCAAGAAGCAAGCCAAAAACUCCUGGAUCAUGCUCUUGCCAACUUUAGCACGGAUAAUCUCAGCAUUCUGGUUAUUCGGUUCUAA